AUGCGUGAGGCUCAGGGACCUUUCCUAUCCAAAAGCGAGGGGAAGAAAGCGCUUCGAGACGACGGGGAGAUUUUGUCGCUGCCGGAGACUCCUGUACAAGGACCUGCUCUUUCACCGAGUAAUCUCAACGAAGCCAACAAAGACCCCAUUUCAGGUGCUACCGACAUUCCAGAACGCAGUCUCCAUCCGAAUGCCUCCAAAUUACUGAACGACUCCCGCUACAUCGCCCCCGAAGAAAUCCGUCAGACCGCUCAACAUCCUCCAGAUCCCGUCUCGAGAUGGAGUUCCUCAUCCGACGAUUCCGAGGAGAGCAAGAACUGGCGCAAGCGAAUUUCAGAAACGAUGAAGAGUCUCGGCAAACGGAAGGAUUCGACGCAGAAGUUUCUGAGGAGGAGCAGUGCAAAAGCGGAACAGCUCUUGAAGAGUGAGAAGAGGGGGUCUUGGAGGUUUUCCUUUGGGAAGAGUGGGAAUGGGGAUGGAGACGCAUCUUCGACGUCGCGAAGGAGAACGAUCUCGUGGUCUGGAAUGGCGCGUCGGCGGUCGAAAGGCGUUGAACCUGCACCUACUCCUCCUGCAGCGGAUGGCCAUCGCGACUCGGCCGCGACGGAAUCGAGAUCGGCUGCCUUUGUCCCCUUCAGCGUGGGCAUGGGCCCUGCGUCCCCGGGCAUGCUUAACGCGAAAAGCUCACUGCUGAUACUGCCUUUUCCUCACAGUCUUCAGGAGAUUGCGGCAAGUUUACCUCUUCCGCCCUCUCCUCCUCGGGGGACGAUGACGACGGCUCCUAACAACGCAGAGGAGGCUGUGCUUCGCCCUCAAGAUGACGAGCCCAUUUCACCUACUACCACGCACGAGACGCCGCCGUCCGAACGAAAUGAGCAGGCGGACGCGGAUGCGGAGUAUUUGCGAAGAAGAUUACAGGCGACGGAGGAGUUUCGGGGUGAGCAAGGUGGGAUCAUGAGUCCGCAAGGGGGUGGGUCGCCUGUUCUUGAGGGGUCUGAUGGAGAUGUCGAUGUGGUUGGGGUUGGAGAGAGGGCGAGAAGGAAGAGACGUGGUGUUCUUUGGGACAGUGAUGAGCAGGAGCAAGAUGGGUCUGGAGGGGCUGGUGAUGGUGGGUGGAUUUGA